CCCCGCUCCGUCGGCAGCGGCGGUGGCGCCGGGGGCAGCUGGUGCCGUCCUCGGCGCUCCUCGUCACCGGGACAACCGGGAUCGCCGCCGCCGCGCCUCUGCCAUGGUUUUCUCAAAUAAUGACGAAGCCCUUAUUAACAAAAAACUACCCAAAGAACUUCUGUUGAGAAUAUUUUCUUUCUUGGACAUAGUUACUUUGUGUCGCUGUGCACAAGUUUCCAAGGCGUGGAAUGUUUUAGCUCUUGAUGGAAGCAAUUGGCAAAGAAUAGACCUUUUUAACUUCCAAACAGAUAUAGAGGGUCGUGUGGUGGAAAAUAUAUCAAAAAGGUGUGGUGGGUUCCUGAGACAACUUAGUCUGAGAGGAUGUCUUGGUGUUGGAGACUCCUCUUUAAAGACCUUUGCACAGAACUGCAGAAACAUCGAACACUUAAAUCUGAAUGGGUGCACAAAAAUCACUGACAGCACGUGUUACAGUCUUAGCAGAUUUUGUUCCAAGCUGAAACAUCUGGAUCUGACAUCCUGCGUAGCCAUCACAAACAGUUCUUUAAAAGGCUUAAGUGAGGGUUGCAGAAAUCUGGAACAUUUGAAUCUUUCCUGGUGUGAUCAGAUUACGAAGGAUGGUAUUGAAGCACUGGUGAAAGGGUGUAGUGGACUAAAAGCUCUAUUUCUUAGAGGUUGCACACAGUUAGAAGAUGAAGCAUUGAAACACAUUCAAAAUCACUGCCAUGAGCUUGUAAUCCUGAAUUUGCAAUCAUGUACACAAAUUUCAGAUGAAGGCAUUGUGAAAAUCUGUAGAGGAUGCCAUGGACUGCAGUCACUCUGUGUUUCAGGCUGUAGCAACCUGACAGAUGCUUCUCUCACAGCACUUGGUCUGAACUGUCCAAGGCUGAAGAUUUUGGAAGCUGCAAGAUGUUCACAUCUCACAGAUGCUGGGUUUACCCUUCUCGCACGGAAUUGCCAUGAGCUGGAGAAGAUGGACUUGGAAGAGUGUGUUUUGAUAACAGACAGCACAUUGAUACAACUUUCCAUACACUGUCCUAAGCUGCAAGCAUUGAGCUUAUCUCACUGUGAACUGAUCACUGAUGAUGGGAUUCUUCACCUGAGCAACAGCACAUGUGGGCACGAGAGGCUGCAGGUGCUGGAGCUUGAUAACUGUCUCCUCAUCACGGAUGUGACUCUGGAACACCUGGAGAACUGCCACAACCUGGAGAGAAUUGAGCUGUACGACUGUCAGCAAGUCACACGAGCUGGAAUCAAACGAAUCAGAGCUCAUCUACCUCAUGUGAAAGUUCAUGCUUACUUUGCUCCAGUAACACCCCCUCCAUCGGUUGGAGGGAGUGGACAGCGCCUCUGCAGAUGCUGUAUUAUCCUCUGACAGUGAAUGCAGCCACACAGAAAAUGUUGUUGUUGAAGAAUGGGAUGGCAAUUUAGCAGCAGGAGUUGGUUUCCUGACAAUUCCUAAUGGUGGUGUUUGGUCAUCCAGUUUUGUGACAAGAAAAGCAUUUUCUGGUGUUUUUUUUUCCAGGUAAAAAUCUUGAUGUAAUGUGCAGCUGUGGAUUAAGUUGGUGAUGCUUUGGUUUGUAUUAGUAACUCCUUCCUUCUGUUGGCAUGAGAACUGCGGUAGCGUGUCAAUGGUGUGGGCAUUGCAGCAUAGAGCUAUGUGGUGGAAGUUCACGGAACUUGGAAGUUAAUUUGCAUUUGUCAGCACUACUCGGUGUGAAGUUCUGCUGCAACAUGGGGCUUAAGGCUGGCACAUCAAGGAACUGAGCCUGCUGUUCUGUAAUAUACACCACAGAUCAAGUAUCAGGUUUAAGGACAAAUCAGCUUUAGCAGAUGUUGACCAAAAAAUGCAAAGUGAUUUUAAGCUCUUACAGUUAAACAGCAACUUGUUAUUUUUCAUUAUUUAGCUUCAUAUUUAAUUAAGUAACAGGACAUAAUAGGUAAGUCAAAAGGUAAGGUCAUAUCUGAAGAUACCCAUAGAACUAGAAAUACUUCCCAAGUAUUUUUUAGACUUGGUUCAGUUGAACUCUGCUCGCACAAAGUUUGGCUGACACACGUUCUGCCCAAUGCCAUUAGCCUUGAACGGGGUUCAGAAAUCCACUGUGGUAGAGCCUGUGCAUUCUGCUGUACCUGCUGCCCCAGCCAUCAAUGGUGCUUUUGCUAAUGCCAUCACCACAUCCUCUGGGAUCACCGUGGGGUGGAAGGAAAGGAUGCAGCACUUCCAAGGAGGAAGGUUGUAGCACAAAUGCUUUUCAGAUGAAUGGGAAACAGGUUCAGCUACAGAAAACAGGAUGGAGCAAGGAAUUCAGUUUGGCCCACCAAUUUUAGGGACAAGCAUAUGGGCUCAUCAGUCUGUAGGCAGAAGUUGAACCAUACCAAACCUGUGGUCUUCAAAUGUAGAAAGACAAACUCUUCACAUUUUGUUAAGAAGCUGUCAACUUCUCAAUGAUAGUGAUAAAAAUCUGUGUAUUAACUCUUAAGGCCAUGCAUUUUUCAGUGCUAGAUGAUUAGGUAAACUUUUUUUAUAUUAGGCAAUUUAAUUAUCUGAGAGAAACUAUUCGACAGUUCAGAAUGCUUUUUUUUGUGUAAGUUUGACUGUGUGUUUUUCAAGACUUCAGGGCCUGUGUUUACUGAAAAUUAAAAAGCAGUUGGAAAAGCUA